AUGUCUCCGACUGCUGGUACUGGACGGGAGAAGGAGUCGAACACCGCGCGACUUCUGGGCUCCGGCUCCGCUGGUAUCGCUGAAUUGGCCGUCUUCCACCCCGUCGACACCAUCGCGAAGCGCUUGAUGAGCAACCAGACCAAGAUCUCCGGCGUCGAGCAGCUCAACAAGGUCAUCUUCAAGGACACCGCCAACGCGACAGCGGGCCGCAAGUUCGUUUCGCUCUUCCCCGGUCUGGGAUACGCCGCCGGCUACAAGGUCCUCCAGAGAAUAUACAAGUAUGGCGGUCAGCCCAUCGCCAGGGACUUAUUGGCCAAGAACUAUGGCGAGGACUUUGAGCGCGCCUUCGGCAAGAAGACUGGCAAGGCUAUCAUGCACUCCACCGCCGGCAGUUUGAUCGGUAUCGGAGAGAUCGUCCUCCUUCCCCUCGACGUCCUCAAGAUCAAGAGACAGACAAACCCCGAGGCCUUCCGCGGCCGUGGUGUUUUCAGAAUCGUCGCCGACGAGGGCUUCGGCCUGUACAGAGGUUGGGGUUGGACCGCCGCCCGUAACGCUCCUGGUUCUUUCGCUCUCUUCGGUGGUUCCGCCUUCACAAAGGAGUACCUUUUCAAGCUCGAGGACUACAACAAGGCCUCAUGGUUCCAGAACUUCAUCGCCUCCAUCGCCGGCGCCUCCGCUUCCCUCCUCGUCUCCGCUCCCCUCGACGUCAUCAAGACCCGUAUCCAGAACCGCAACUUUGAGAACCCCGAGAGUGGUUUCAGAAUCAUUUCCAACAUGAUGAAGAACGAGGGUGCCACCGCAUUCUUCAAGGGCCUGGUUCCCAAGCUCCUCAUGACUGGACCCAAGCUGGUCUUCUCAUUCUGGCUUGCACAGACCCUCAUUCCCGCCUUCGAUGGCAUGAUUAAGAAAUAA